UGCUAAGGUAUCCUCUCAACUACAAAGCCAAACAGGCUCUGUGGAGUGAGAGCUGUGAGAGUAAAUUGGAAGGAAGAAUUGAGUUAGAGUGACCUAUAUUUCUUUGGAAGCAGCAGCCUCUGGGCUGUCUCUGCCAUUUAAAGGGCCUUGGUUGGCUCUGAAAGGCACAAAAAUUUAAGAAUCUCAAUCUGUUUUCAUGAAGUGACCAGAAGAACAGCUCAAGCUGGGAUUCCCAUCUGCUUUCACAAUUGUCCUCAGUGUCUGACCCGUCCAACGUGGAAGGCCUUUCCCAGUGGGGCUGAUGUAGGGUGCACGGCCCCAGAAGUCUGGCGGUGACUUGGAAAAAGCAAAAGAGACGUAUCAUGAACAUCAAUUUCAAAUCCCAGCCCAACCCAUUGAUCGGUGGUGAUACUUCUUACACGACCAGAAAUACAAAUUGUUUUCUAGUCAGACACACUCCCCAUCCUCGAAGAGUCUGCCAUAUUAAAGGUUUAAACAACAUACCUAUCUGUGCCGUGAAUGACGACAGCUUCCUUAAGGGACUGUAUAACGUUAGCCACUUGACCACCCCAGAUAAGGAUGUGCCUCCACUUAGCAAAGUCAUCAGUGCCAAUAACAACAGCUCUUUCCAUAACUCAGGGUCAAACAAAAUGAAAAUGCCCCCUCGGCCUAAUUCUGAGCCCUGUAAACAAACAAAAGGCUUUUUUGAUGGUCCCUAUGAAGGUGUUUUAAGGAUUAAAAAGGAAGCCCUUUGGGGCAGAAGUCGCAUUUCACUCCCAAAGGCAAACCAAGGUCCAGUGGCCUCUGAACACAUUGAUCCCAAGAGUGAAGUGAGAGGCAAGACAAUUUGCAUACCAAACUACCUGGAUCAGGAAAUAAAAAUUCUGUCCAAGCUCCGUGAAAUUCUACAAACAGACUCCCUGGCCGAACUCCUCAAGUGGCUUCUCCAUGCAAAUGUGAAAGAAAAAGAAUGGGUUUCAGCUUUGAUCCAUUCAGAGCUCUCUGAGGUCAACUUGUUGAAAAACUUGGAGCAAAAGAAACCUGGAAAAGAGAAAGAAAAAUCAUCAGUCAAAGCUGGCAUUACUCCUCUGGCAAAGAGCAAGACUCCAGCCCUAGCCAAGGAAGAGGUGCCUAAAGUCUACAGAGUUCCAAGCCAAAAACCGGAAAAAAAUAAAGUACCAAGACCAGAGGCUGAGGGUAAGUCUGGAUUGAUUAAAGAAAGAAGCAAGCUUGAAGAUGCCAUUGAAGAAUAUUUCAGCAAAACAAAGCCUCCUGGCAAGAAUCUGAAGAUUUGGGAGAGAAAUUACUGCCCUCGCUCAGCAGCAAAAAGCAACAGUGGCAAGAAAUCAACAGUCUAUAUUUCCAAAGACCCACUAAUGCCAAUCUUUUAAAAUCUUAAGUCAAAGAAACUCUACAGAAUUGAAUACCAACCCUGUUCUGGCUUUCCUCCUCAGAAACUCCAGGCUCAUCCAUUCUUACUCCCACUCAAAAAAUGUUUUCAAGGUGGCCUGUAAGAAACAAGCAUGGAUUACUUCCUGGAGUAACAAAUUUUAGUUUUCAAACAUUGGUAAAUUAUACUUAUAGAUAAAUAUGAAUGUUGAACAUAUUUUAAUUAUUUUUAGCCUGUUAGUUUUGAAUAUGUAUGAAAUAAAGUAUCUAUA